UCCGAUAUCAGUUCGAUUCCGCGUCGGUUGAUGUGGUAGAGAUUUAUUCAAAGCGUCUCCCACAUUGCCUUUCGUGAUCGGUGUUCAUCGAAAAUUUUCUCUCUUUUCAAAAGUCAACAAUGUCCCUGGCAGGCCGCUUACCAUCACAAACCAGUGGUGCGUCGGCGAGAACGGUGCAAUGAGAUUGCGUGUUCUUAAAAUAACCAAAUACACGCCGCAAGAAAAGAAGUCCGGCAAAGAGGUCAUCAACAGCAAGCAGCAGAACAGCGUGUUAACGAUAGGUUCUUCACACCGGAUCGUUCCUCCAACUUGACCGCACAGCACAGGACAGAGCUUGAAGCUGACAAGAAUGGUUGACUCGCCGCAUCACGUCCAUUUCGACCAGGCGGUGAUAAACGACGGGUUGCACGAUAACAGCAUUAUCUAUCAAGUUGCCCCUGAUGGUACGUCCCUGACCGUACACCUGGGAUUUCUGCAGAUAAAUCAUCGCUACCGCAUAGAGCUGAGUGUGCCGGCACAGACAGUAAGAGAUGCGGGUUUCACGGCGGAAGGCAAUAGCGCUUUCGUUGCACAGGAUGUAGCCGUACCGAACGUGCAUUGCAGGCUGCUGGAUUUUCCCUCCCGUACCGUAGAUGUUAAGGGCGUGGAACACUUUGCUGUAACAAUCGAGUUUUUUGCUCACAAGGAGAAGCUGCUGAAGGAACAUUUGCAUUUAUGCGGCAAAGAGGAGUGUAAUCGGCGGUUGGAAUUGAUCUUGGUCGCACGAGUGUUGGGCAAAGGCAAAGGAACACCAAUGCUCCGCAAUGGCAUCCAUUGCAUUGGAGUGGAGAAAACCGACGAGGAAUCGGAAAUGUCCGAUUGGCAGGGAUUUUCUAAAGAAAAGUAGAUAAUCCGUAUCAAAGCGUUAGAUUUUACGCUCAUUGUGUAUUUCUACUGCCUAUCGUCUAGCGUAAUAAAUUUCACAAGCUGCU